CGGAAGGCGGCUCACUGAGACGCGCUUGCGUUUCCUCCUCUGUCCUCAGCCGAGUGUCACCCUCACUUCCGGUCCUUCCCGUUUGUUCUUCCGACAUAAAGGCCGGGCUCAGUAGGCGGGUAGAGUCUUCAGUUCCCGUCAGGCAGGUCUUGCCUAAGGUUGUGCCGCUCCGGGGGCCGAGGCCGCGCGGCCUGGGGGCGGCGCCCUCCCCCGCACCAUGGCUCGAAAUGCGGAAAAGGCCAUGACGGCCUUAGCGAGAUUUCGCCAAGCUCAGCUGGAAGAGGGAAAAGUGAAGGAACGAAGACCCUUUCUUGCCUCAGAAUGUACCGAGCUGCCCAAAGCUGAAAAGUGGAGACGGCAGAUUAUUGGAGAGAUCUCUAAAAAAGUGGCUCAGAUUCAGAAUGCUGGUUUAGGUGAAUUCCGAAUUCGUGACCUGAAUGAUGAAAUUAACAAACUGCUGAGAGAAAAAGGACACUGGGAGGUCCGGAUAAAGGAGCUGGGUGGCCCUGAUUAUGGAAAAGUUGGCCCUAAAAUGCUGGAUCAUGAAGGGAAAGAAGUCCCAGGAAAUAGAGGUUACAAAUACUUCGGAGCAGCGAAAGAUCUGCCUGGUGUUAGAGAGCUAUUUGAAAAAGAACCUCUUCCUCCUCCAAGAAAGACACGAGCUGAGCUCAUGAAGGCGAUUGAUUUUGAGUACUAUGGUUACUUAGAUGAAGACGAUGGUGUUAUUGUGCCUUUGGAACAGGAAUACGAAAAGAAACAGACUGGAAUAAGCAGCACCUGCUCCCCCUUGUCUUCAGUCAGAGCCGAAUUAGUGGAAAAGUGGAAAACAGAGAGGGAAGCCCGGCUGGCAAGAGGAGAAAAAGAAGAGGAGGAGGAGGAGGAAGAAGAGAUCAACAUCUAUGCUGUCAACGAGGAGGAGUCUGAUGAGGAAGGUGGACAGGAGAAAGGAGGUGAAGAUGGGCAGCAGAAAUUCAUCGCUCACGUCCCAGUGCCAUCACAGCAAGAGAUUGAGGAGGCACUCGUACGAAGGAAGAAGAUGGAACUCCUUCAGAAGUACGCAAGUGAGACCUUGCAGGCCCAGAGUGAAGAAGCCAAACGGCUCCUGGGAUAUUAGGGCCCAGCAGGGUGCUUAUUGGGGUCCAGGAAGUCUUGAAGCAGUGCUUCCAUCCCCUGCUGGCUGCAUGUGUUAAGCUGUAGGACCACCACCCGCUUUGCCCUCUGCCCUCUGCCGUUGCGGGACUACAGUCAGGCAGGCAGGAAGCACGCUUCUUUACCCUUCCCUCUUCUCUCACCUUUUCCUUCCCUCAUGCCCUGACCUGAGGAUGGGGGUCUGUCUCUUGCUUCCUCCCUGGCGGAUGUCUAGAUGCUGAACAUUUCAGCCAGCACCUUUGUACAAAUAUUUGCAACUGUAUGAGUCUGUUCAUGUUUACUCUGGAGCGUGUAAAACAGGUUCUUACUGGCUGCCUGUAAGGGUUUUACUUAGCCUUGUACUGUGAUUUGGGGAGCGGGGAGUCAAUUCCUGGCCAACAUUAAAAAAUGCAGUUUCCCUUAAAAACACAUUUAUAACUUCUCUUGAAAUAGAGAAGAUGUUCAACCCCUGCACCCACAGCCCCACUUGUUAGCAGUCAGCCAGAGCUGCCCCCUUGGGCCCUGUGUGCUCUGGGCCCUUCAGGGCUCCCUGGCCCCAGCCUCGCGCAUUCCAGCCUGGAGGGAGGACUUUUGAGUUUGCUGCUUCUGUUUUAUAACUUGUUGUGCAAGAGCUAUUUUCAUUAAAGAUUUUUAUAUGA